AUGGACGCUCCUAUCUCCGUCUGUUCAUAUUCCCUCUCUUUCUCUCUCUCCCUCUCUCUCUCUCUCUCUCUCUCUCUCUCUAAAUCACUAUAUCUCUUCUUUUUUGCUCUGUAUUUUCCACCCGAUUCUACUCACUCCUUUCUACCUGAUUCUACUCUCUCUAUUCCACCCGAUUCUACUCUAUCCUUUCCACCCGAUUCUACACUCUCCUUUCCACCCGAUUCUACUCUAUCCUUUCCACCCGAUUCUACACUCUCCUUUCCACCCGAUUCUACUCUCUCCUUUCUACCUGAUUCUACCCGCUCCUUUACACCGAUUCUACUCUCUCUAUUCCACCCGAUUCUACUCUCUCUAUUCCACCCGAUUCUACUCUAUCCUUUCCAUCCGAUUCUACACUCUCCUUUCCACCCGAUUCUACUCUCUCCUUUCUACCUGAUUCUACCCGCUCCUUUACACCCGAUUCUACUCUCUCUAUUCCACCCGAAUCUACUCUCUCUAUUCCACCCGAUUCUACUCAAUCCUUUCCACCCGAUUCUACUCUCUCCUUUCCACUCGAUUCUAACCUCUCAUUUACACCCGAUUCUACUCUCUCCUUUCCACUCGAUUCUAACCUCUCAUUUACACCCGAUUCUACUCUCUUUAUUCCACCCGAUUUUACUCUAUCCUUUCCACCCGAUUCUACCCUCUCCUUUACACCCGAUUCUACUCUCUCUAUUCCACCCGAUUCUACCCUCACUAUUCCACCCGAUUCUACUCUCCCCUUUCCACCCGAUUCUAACCUCUCCUUUCCACCCGAUUCUACUCGCCCGAUUCCACCCGAUUCUACCCUGUACUUUUCAGCCUAUUUUUCCCAUUCUCUUUUGUAAUCUCGAUUCGAUUUCUUCCCACAUUUUCACCAGUUUGUGA